AUGGCCUUUUCAUUGGUACACGCCCUGAGAGUUUCACCAAACUCACCUUGUACAAACGUCUGCACCACUUCCGAUGUGUCGCAGUCCGAUCCGAAAUUCUUCGAUGACCAGUGGAAAGACAUUGUCUGCGAUGACAAGGACUUUGACAGCAAGCCGGAGGGACAAAAGCUGAAGAGCUGCUUCACCUGCUUGCAGAACAGCACUUACACCCACGGCAGUGAGAAUGAUCAGGAUUGGUUCUUGUACAACCUGCGGUAUUCUUCCGGCUAUUGCAUGUUUGGCUAUCCCAAUAACACCGGUAUCGAGACUGGCCCUUGCACGACAAGCGUCGGAUGCGGAAAUCUCGCUUCUGCUCUAGAGCUUGGCAUUAAGAGCCCAACCAACUCGACUCCAUAUGACUAUUGUGAUACAAAUGGAGGCGUCAUCACCAGUGGGGAUGUCGAUGGGUGCUUGGAGUGCGUUAAAGCCGAUGGGCAGCACCAAUAUCUAUCCAAUUUUCUUCUUGCUCUACAAGGAGCAUGCGAGGCGAAACCCGCACCAGGGUCCAUUUUAAUUCUCAACAAUACUCUCUUUGGCAACAGCAACAUCCAAGUCGUCGAUCAAACGCCCUCCACCAACUAUGAGGAACCCAAGCUUUCCAGCUCAGCAAUUGUGGGCAUAGCCAUUGGUGGAGUCGUCUUACUUGCUCUGGCCGCAGGUUUCACUUACAUGUGCAUUCGCAAGCGCAAGAAUCGUGCGAAGCAAGAAGAUCGUGCCUCUGGCUACUCGUUUCGCUGCCAAACCAGAGUAACUCCUGUGACACCGAGGUUUCCUGAC